CGCUAGUUGACCAGCCGUAGGAACGUCAUGACCACGUGACCUUUCCACUUUGACUUCGAAGCGUUGUUUCGUUACCGACGCUUCCGAAGUUUAGAAACACUAAUUUAAGUUUGGCAUCACGAUCCUUAAUCACAACUUUCCGUGUGGUAUUUAGUGAGAAGACGUGUUGAUGUGUAUUAAAUUAGUCCGACGAUAAAAGUUGAAGAACGAGGCCAGAAACCCAGCUGAACUGGAGAAAGGCUUCCAGUCGGAUUACUGCAGCAUCGAGCACUAACCAGGCCAUGAUGGCCACAGAGCAGCUGUAUGAGGUUGAGAGAAUUGUUGGUAAACGUAAAAACAAGAAAGGGAAAAUGGAGUAUUUGGUUCGCUGGAGAGGCUACACUUUUGAGGGAGACACUUGGGAGCCGGAAGCUAAUCUAACCAACUGCAUAGAGUUUAUAAAUGAGUUUAAUCGCCAGCACAGCGAGAGGCUUGGAGAUACGCCCUGUGUGCGCUCUACACGCAGGUCUCCCAGUGCGGCUGUGGGUCACGCCUCCGUCACCAAUGCACGCAAGCAGAUGAACAGACCUCAGGCACACAACAGCAGCGCCCCUGCUCCAUCUGCCCCGAGCACGCCUUCCACCAGUGUUACAAAACAACCACAACCACCACAGAACGCACCGGGUAACAGGGACACAGAUGCUAAUGCAGACAAACAACGGCAGCUUUUUUUAUCCACACCUACUGCCAGCACUUUACGCUGUAGUAUGGACUUGGCUAAGUCUGGAAUCAAAAUCUUGGUGCCAAAAAGCCCGAUGAACAGUCGAGCUGACUCGGAGCAGUCUCCCAGCGAGGCAGCACACAGUCUGGAACAAGGUGGCGAGGAGCCCGACUCUGUCCCCCCCGAAGUGGCCGUACAGGAGAAGUCUGCCGGACACUUCCUUGUACCCGGACAGGAGCGGGCACGCAUGGGCACACGACCCAGGACACAGGCAGCUCUGCCUCCUCUUCAGGUUCCUAUUACACCUGCUGCUGUCCGGACACUGAACGGGAAAGGUACGUCAACACUUCUGGAGGCCUCGUCAGCCAGCGGCUCGACCAGUGUACAGAACGGCACAGCAGGAGUGGCCGCGAGCUCGGGAGUGACGAGCACGUUGGGCAAACGGCCGAGACCCGAGGAACGUUCUGCCAUCGACAAGCGGCUGCGCUUCAGCGUCCGUCAGACAGAGAGCGCUUAUCGCUAUAGAGACAUUGUUGUGAAGAAACAGGACGGCUUCACACACAUUCUGUUUUCUACCAAGACGUCCGAGAACAAUUCACUAAAUCCUGAUGUGAUGAAGGAGGUUCAGAGCGCCAUGGCAACAGCGUCGGCGGACGACAGCAAGUUGGUCUUGCUGAGUGCAGUCGGGAGUGUGUUCUGUUUUGGCUUGGACUUCAUCUACUUAAUCAGAAGACUCACAGACGAUCGCAAAAGAGAAAGCAUUAAAAUGGCAGAAACCAUUAGGGCAUUUGUGAACACAUUUAUACAGUUCAAGAAACCAAUUAUUGCUGCUGUAAAUGGACCUGCUGUUGGGCUCGGAGCCUCCAUCUUGCCGCUUUGUGAUGUUAUCUGGGCCAAUGAGAAGGCCUGGUUUCAAACCCCAUACACCAUCUUUGGCCAGACGCCAGAUGCGUGUUCUUCUGUAACGUUCCCUCACAUCAUGGGGGUUGCAUCGGCUAAUGAGAUGUUACUGAGUGGGAGAAAGCUGACAGCCCAGGAGGCUUGUGCAAAAGGCUUGGUGUCUCAGGUGCUCUGGCCAGGGACCUUCGCUCAGGAGGUCAUGGCUCGCAUUAAAGAGCUAGUCUCUUGUAAUUCAGUUGUUCUGUGGGAGUCCAAAGCGCUGGUGCGGAAUGUUAACCGAGCCGCUCUGGAGCAGGCCAACGAGAGGGAGUGUGAGGCACUAAAGAGGAUGUGGGGCUCGCCGCAGGGCAUGGACUCCAUUCUGAAAUACCUGCAGAAGAUGAAUGACUUCUGAGUUGAUAAAAGAUUAAAAGAGAACACAAAUGUAUUCACUCAUCAUUACACAGUGGACACUGUGACAAGUGUCUGAUGGGAAAGACAGUUUCAAUUUAACAUAAUGGCGGUUGUAAAUCUCAGUAUUGACCACGUUUAUAUGUUUGCCUGUUGGAAUAUUUUUCCUUUCUUAGGAGAAUGAGAUCAGAUUCAGCUGUAAAUAUUGCAGAAUACUUUCUUUUUUUUUUUAAAUACCCCUCAACUUCCCUUUCUGACGGCUCAGAGUUCAGGAUCCAUGAAGAUGAUGGAUUAUCCCUCACCCUGUUUUGGUUUAUUUAUCACUCAUCACUUCCUUUAAAAAACAAUAGUUUUCCUGCUGGAGAAAACAUUUCUAUAUCUAGCAGAAUUCUGUGCUUAUAUUCUUAUAUGUUCACUGAGUGUCUGAGCAUCAGUUCCUUUUCCAGCAAUGUGAGAAUCUCCAUCUAAUGUACAACAGUGUUAAAACGUCCAACUAUAAAUUUAGUUUAAAAAAAAGUUAUUUAUGCUUUAUGGACUUUAUUAAGUAUUUAUUGAACAAUUGGAUAAUGCUUUCCGGUGUUUUCCCUUUCACUUCAUCGUAAAUUGAGUCUUUGUGUGGUGUAUUAUGUUUAGAAACACUUUCAUUUCUCUUACAGCUGCUAAUUGUUUAGCAUAUUGUAGAUUUUUCUACUAUAAAACACUUCACUGAUUUUA